AUGGUAGUGAUUUCGGGGCUCCUCAAACGCCUGGCCCGCCUGUGUCGGAGGCGCAGUUUGCUUCGAGUCAUUUCAUCCCUGGUUUGUGCGGUGACGGUGGCCGUCCUUGUGUUGUAUUUCCUACUUGCCUAUCACCUCGCCGACGACCCACGUCUUGUCCCCGGAGUCCUGCGACAGGCACGCAAUAUUGUUCUUGUGACUGCGCAUCCGGAUGAUGAAACUCUCUUUUUCAGCCCCAGUAUCCUCUAUCAUCGACAUGAGCCCCAUGUGACUCGCUCCUUAUUGGUGAUCUCGUCAGGCAAUUACAAUGGGAUCGGGGAUCAACGUCUAGUCGAGGUCCAUAAUAGCUGCGCUGCACUAGGCAUCUCCCAGGAUCGUUGCGUGGUUGGCAACCACCCCGAUCUACAAGAUAAUCCAACGAAAUGGUGGGAUGAAGACGGGAUCGCGAGCAUUGUCGGCCCCCAUGUUGAGAAAUGGCACGCUGACGUGAUUAUGACCUUUGAUCACGGAGGAAUCUCCGGCCACAUUAACCAUCGCGCUGUCAGCGCUGGUGUUAAGAAGUAUGUGUCGACUACCCAAAAUGCACCCCCCGCCUUUGCGCUGCAAAGUACAGCUCUGCUGCGCAAAUAUUCCUCGUUGAUAGACUUGCUCCCCACUGCACUGCCCUUCUCCUGGCGCAUUGCACAGGCUCUCCUCGCAUCGCCCCUCAAUCCAGACGAAGCACAGAGUGCUACGGCGCCCCGUGGGCAUACCGAAACGGCCCUUCUCGUCAGCUCAUGGCAGACGUAUCUGGAAUCACGAGCUGCUUUUAGCCAACACCAAAGUCAAUACUCGUGGGAUCGCGUCUUAUACUUGGUGAUUAGUCGCUAUAUGUGGUUUAACACAUUAGAGCGAUUGGGGUAA